ACCGAGAUAUAAAAUCAACAGAAAAAGAAGAUACACAGUCCGCGAGUCAUAGAAACGGUGGCUUUGCAGUGUAUGGAUAUAGCACAUUUUUGUACAGCUCAUUGAAACGAAAUCCCCAUAAGGACAGUAUUGUAAAUUAAUUUUGUAUCCCUAAGGAGAAGGCUAUCACACAUCUACAACAAGACAUGCAUCCGGCGACUGCUAAGUGGUAUGACAGGCGGGACUCCGUCUACAUCGAGUUCUGCGUAGCGGACAGCAAGAAUGUCAAGAUCAAUUUCGAGGAAGCAAAGUUUGUUUUCAGUUGUCUUGGAGGAACUGAUCAAGUCAAACAUGAGAACGAAGUAGACCUUUUUGAAGGCAUUGAUCAAAAUGAAUCCAUACACAAACGCACAGAUCGGUCAGUGUUGUGCUGUUUACGAAAAGCUGAACCUGGGAAAGCGUGGCCUAGGCUAACGAAAGAGAAGGCUAAGUUAACUUGGCUCAGCGUCGACUUUAACAACUGGAAGGACUGGGAGGGCGACUCAGACGAGGAACUAGGCAACUUCGAUAAUUUCCCAGAGGGGGGAGACGGGGAUAUGGCAUUCAACACACAAGAAGCGAUGGCUAAAAUGAUGAACAACAUGGGAGGGGAAGACUGCCUACCUGAUCUAGAUGAUGUUGAUGAUGACGAGUCUGCAGAUAGUGACGAUGAAAAAAUGCCUGAUUUGGAAUAAAAGGCCUCAAAAUCCAGGAAGUCGGGAUGGAAGAAAGGAAGGCAGGAGGAAUCAUCAAGACUAUCUUGAAAUAGAAGGCAGUGGGUAAAAACACUGUACAUGAGUUGGUAGCCAUAUUUAAAUCCAGAGCUCUUUUCCAAUCAGUCCACUGAAGGUUAAUAUGUAUAGUGUUGUACGGCGCAGCAGUCUCCACUUCCAUUUGCAGUGCUGCACUCUUGGCAUAUCCUGUUUUACUAUUAAUUAUUACAAGUAAGCAUUCAUGAUUUGUUCUGAAGUACUGUAUAGUAAUCAUCCUCAACCUAGAAAACAAUACAUGUGAAGACAUUUAUGAGCAGUUGACUAAUGUUAUGAAGUGUAAUUAAACGGACAAAUGUUUUACACCCCCCGACUCAUGGAUCUAUGUUUGAAGUUUGUUGAUCAGGUUACAAUUUCUGUUUGGUUCCCUCUUGUGAGCUGCCUCCUGUGGCAUAUAGAUAGUGAUCAGAGAAACAGUUCAAAGUUUCAGUACCUUAGCCUUUAAACUUACAUGUUUCCCCUUUCCUCAUCUGUUAAAUCGCAAAAACAGUAUCAGUGUUCAUAAGAUUUGAAACUUCUGAAAUUCUGUCUUAAUGUUCUCGGAUAUAAAUUGUAUGGUACCAGUUUUAUUUUUUACUAAUUCCAUGUUGAUAUUUUCUAACAGCAGAUCACAUGAAGGUAUAAUGAAAGGAGGCUUGAAGCUCAGUUGGGCAAACAUCUGGUUGUUUUUGUUUUUUUACCUUCAAGAAUCUUUCCAUCUGUUUAGAGUUGUGGCAGAGUACAUUACAAUACUCCUGGGUCUUGUGUGGUGAGGGGUUUGAUGGGGGAUAUGACAUGGUAAACCUGUGUAAUGACCAAAUUAAACUUGUACUGUCAAGAAAA